AUGGCGUACACUAGGAAUAGUACUGCCACAGCCAGGAUCUGUAACUGGAUCAUCGACCCGACCCGAUCGUGGGAUCCGAUUGAGCUGAAGAAGGAGAAUAUCGAGUUGGCUAUAAACAGAGACGAAAGCAAAGCUACGGGGAUGGAAGAUGAUCCAACAGAUUUCGGCGACGAACGACUGAUCUGUGCCAUCGAUGGAUCAGUAAUACCAGGAGAUGGAUUCGGAUCCAGAAUGGACUUAGAAACUGAACAUUUGAUAGCAAGACUUAAUGCUCAAAGUGAUUAUAUGGAUAUGAAUGAAGAAGAUUGUGAUAUAGAUGUAGAAAUUGAUGGGAAUGAGGAGGAAGAGACAGAAAUGCUCCACAGAACAGAUCAAAGUGAAACUCAAUCAACAACUCAAGCAACUCAAAAUGCUCCACGGAAGAGAAAGUUAACUUCAAAGGUGUGGAAAGAUAUUGUAUCAGUUGGGGUUGAAGAUGAUGGCAAAGAAAGAGGCAAAUGCAUCCACUGUGGAACCAAGUUGGUGAUCAAUACUAAAACACAUGGGACUAAGAGCUUGAUUCGUCAUUUGGAGAAGUGUCCAAAGAAACCAAAGAAUGAAGAUAGGCCUCCAUAUGAUCAUCAGAUUAACCGUGAGAUGACAAGUGAGAUCAUAAUUUACCAUGAUUUGCCAUUUCGCUAUCCUGAGUAUGAGAAAGUUAGAGCAAGAGACAAGUAUCUCAAUCCCGAGUGUCAACCAAUUUGUAGACAGACUGCUGCAGCGGAUGUGUAUAGGAAGUAUGAGAUGGAAAAGGUCAAGCUGAAAGAAGUACUUGCAAACCAGCGUGCGCGUGUCUGUUUCACUUCAGACUUAUGGACAGCUCGAGGUACAGUUAUGAGUUAUAUUUGUUUGACAGCCCACUACAUUGAUGAAAACUGGCACUUGAAUAGCAAGAUUUUGCAAUUCUGUGAACUUAAAUCUCCUCACACUGGUGAAGAAAUCUCUAACAAGAUUCUGGAAUGUUUGAAAGAAUGGGGAUUGGAGAAAAAGGUAUUUUCUAUUACCUUAGAUAAUGCAACAAACAACAAUAGUAUGUUGAACAUUCUCAAGGGUCAACUUCAAAUGAUUAGUGGUAGUGGUUUAUUAUGUGAUGGGAAAUUUAUGCAUGUUAGAUGUUGUGCCCAUAUUCUUAAUCUGAUAGUGAAGAAAGGUUUAGAUCUAGCAAAAGAUGUUCUGCACAACAUCAGAGAGAGUGUGAUAUAUGUUAAAGCAUCUUCAAAGAGGAGAGACGCUUUUGCUGCAUGUGUUGAGAGAGUAAAGAUUAAGAGUGGAGCAGGGUUAUCACAGGAUGUUCCUACCAGAUGGAACUCCACAUAUGAGAUGCUUGUAAGAGCUUUGAAGUUUAAGGAAGCAUUUGUCAGCUUGAAGUGGUUUGACAACAACUACAAGACUUUGCCUUCUGAUGAUGAAUGGAAUCGUGGAGAGAAAAUCUGUGAGUUGUUGAAGCCGUUUAGUGAUAUCACGACACACUUUUCAGGUUCUAAGUAUCCUACUUCUAAUGUCUAUUUUACACAAGUGUGGAGAAUUGAACUGUUGCUGAGGAAAUUUGCAUCUUGUGAUGAUGAAGAUGUGGCAAAACUGGCUCAGGAUAUGCAGAUUAUGUUUACCAAGUAUUGGGAGGAUUAUAGUCUUAUUUUGGCAAUGGGAGCUGUUUUAGACCCAAGAAUGAAACUGCAAAUGCUUGAAGUAGCUUAUGAAAGAGUUGAUCCAACUACUUCUGCAUCGAAAAUCAAAAAGCUUAAAGACAAUUUGGAGAUGCUCUAUGAAGAUUAUAAGGCUAAGUCUAGGACUUGUUCUUCAAGUAUUUCUAAUGUUGCUUUUGUUGUUUAUGUUGCUUGUGUUGCUUAUGUUGCUUAUGUUGCUUAUGUUGUUUAUGUUGCUUGUGUUGCUUCUUUUCUGUAG